AUGGCAACCAGAGUCCAACACUUGGAUGCCAAGAACAAAGCUCACCCAUACCCACCAGAGCAAACGGCAAGAGCUUACCUCGGCCAAUUUGCCACCGCAAAUCCCCGUCCCUUGUUCCUUGCAGGAGCGGACCUGACGGGAGUCGCAGGAACCCCUCCCUGUGGACGACAUCAUCAACACCUACCCAACCAGAAGGGUACCGAGUUCCCAAGCGGAGACUUAUCCUGCCGCCCGGGGCAGGGGGCAUCCAAUCGCCGACCACAAUUUUAG